AAGCAGCAUCCAUCGCAUAAUCCAUCUUCAUUCCCCUGCUGGCCUCGGGUAAUUUUUUGUAGCGCAUGCCAGGAAUCGGAUCGCGCUAUUCCCAUUGAUAUUAACCUGGUUUAUCGCUAUUGAGUAUAGUUUUGUCACCAUGGCUUCAGCGCGCGGUCCAAGGUGGCAUCAAUUCUUACAGGAAUUGGUGAUGGUUGCCGGCACUUCAGCAUCUGCCUAUUUCCUCAUUCGAUACCUCAUAUCGCGUCUUGAUUUCGACCCGGAGAGCCAGAAGAAAGAGGAGCAACGACGCAAGUCAGCUGCAAUUCUACGGAAACUCGAUGGCGGAGACGAGUCGGAUGAAGAUUCGCCACGUAGAGAAGGAAAGCGGGGGCGGAGACAGAAGCGCGGAGAACUUGUCUUAAAUCAAUACGAGCAAGCGAUUGCAAUGGAUGUUGUUGCUCCAGACGACAUUCCCGUGUCGUUCGAGGAUAUCGGAGGCCUGGACGAGAUUAUUGAGGAGUUAAAAGAAUCGGUUAUCUACCCACUCACGAUGCCUCAUCUCUAUUCCUCUACGUCGUCGCUUCUUACAGCUCCGUCAGGUGUGCUACUGUAUGGUCCUCCUGGGUGUGGUAAGACUAUGCUUGCCAAGGCCCUCGCCCAUGAGAGUGGAGCAUGUUUCAUCAACCUACACAUAUCAACUCUGACAGAGAAGUGGUAUGGCGACUCAAAUAAAUUGGUCAAUGCGGUGUUUUCACUAGCCAGGAAGCUACAGCCUUCUAUUGUCUUCAUUGAUGAGAUAGACGCUGUCCUGGGCACCAGGCGGAGCGGGGAACAUGAGGCAAGUGGCAUGGUCAAAGCAGAAUUCAUGACUCAUUGGGACGGACUUACCUCGGCGAACUCCUCGGGCGAGCCUCAGAGGGUUGUGGUGAUGGGAGCGACGAACCGCAUCCAAGAUAUCGACGAAGCCAUUCUCAGGCGAAUGCCGAAAAAAUUCCCUGUCGUUCUCCCUCCAGCACCUCAAAGACUCCGAAUCCUUAGCCUCGUACUCAAGGACACCAAGGUAGACCGGGAGAAUUUCGACCUCGACUACCUUGUUAAGGCGAUGGCAGGCAUGUCUGGUAGUGAUAUCAAGGAAGCUUGCCGAGAUGCAGCUAUGGCCCCGGUUCGAGAGCUCAUUCGUGAGAAGAAAGCUGCUGGCCUUCAAAUGACAGCCGUUGACCCAAAAGAGGUCCGUGGUCUUCGAACAGAAGACUUCUUUACACGUGCUGGAGGUGUUCGGGUCAUUCCAGCUCCCGCCCAAUUGCAGGCGCCCGUCAAGGCUAACUCGGAGAAAGAAUGGAGUACAGAGUCAGAGGCAGCAUCUGAGGUCGAUACGCGGCCAUCUGCGGAUCUGGCGGAGCCGCCCGAGUGAACUGUCUGAUACAUGCGUAAAAUGACUCAGUUAUCAUCUGUCCAUGAUACUUGUACACAGCACGAAGGGAAUGGCGUUCUGUUAUAUGAGCAUAAUACCAGAUACCUAUUGAUCCUGCCGGUUCUGACCUGCAUCCAUCGCAAUUUCCUCAAUCGCUAGUUGUGGAGUCCGAUAUUGUUUAUAGAGUAUUUGACGACUUCUGCUUUUCUAUGUUAAUUUUUAUUCCAUUUUACUUUACUGCUUAUCUAUCUACAUACAUAUAUUUCUCAAAGAAAAGCGCAAUGUAUGAAUGGACCUUUGCCAACGUAAACUCAAUGCAUCGACAGCUGUCAAA